AUGGCGGAAAACAAAGGAGGCGGCGGCGGCGGCGAUGGGGCUGCCGAGGCCGGGCCGGGUGGCGGCUGCGGCCCGGAGCCCGUGGCCGCGUCCCCCUCCGGCGCCGCCCCGCCCGCGCCCGCCGCCGCGCCCCCCGAGGAGCGGGAGAGCCCGGGCGCGGCGGCGGCGGCAGAGCGCGCUCUCGGGGAGGCCGAGGCCGAGGCGGCGGCGGGGCCCGGCGCGGUUCCGGGCCCGGGCCCCAGCCCCGUGCCCCCGCUGACGCCGGCGGCGCCCGGGCCCUUCUCGCUGCUGGACACCUGCGCCGUGUGCGCGCAGAGCCUGCAGAGCCGGCGCGAGGCCGAGCCCAAGCUGCUGCCCUGCCUGCACUCCUUCUGCCGCCGCUGCCUGCCCGAGCCCGAGCGGCAGCUCAGCGUGCCCGUGCCCGGCGGCGCCAACGGCGACAUACAGCAAGUUGGUGUAAUCAGAUGUCCGAUAUGCCGCCAAGAAUGCAGACAGAUAGAUCUGGUGGAUAACUACUUUGUAAAAGACACAUCAGAAACACCGAGCAGCUCUGAUGAGAAAUCAGAACAGGUGUGCACAAGCUGUGAAGAUAAUGCUAGUGCUGUAGGAUUUUGUGUAGAAUGUGGGGAAUGGUUGUGCAAGACCUGCAUAGAAGCUCAUCAGCGAGUAAAAUUUACUAAAGAUCAUAUGAUCAGAAAAAAAGAGGAUGUAUCUUCAGAGGCCGUGGGAGCAUCUGGUCAACGUCCUGUUUUCUGUCCUGUCCACAAACAAGAGCAGUUAAAACUUUUCUGUGAAACAUGUGACAGGCUGACAUGCAGAGACUGUCAGUUACUGGAACACAAAGAACACAGGUAUCAGUUUCUAGAAGAAGCUUUCCAGAACCAGAAGGGUGCAAUCGAGAACCUGUUGGCCAAACUUCUUGAGAAGAAAAAUUAUGUAAAUUUUGCAGCUACCCAAGUUCAGAACAGGAUAAAAGAAGUAAAUGAAACUAACAAACGAGUAGAACAGGAAAUCAAAGUGGCCAUAUUCACGCUCAUCAAUGAAAUCAAUAAAAAGGGAAAAUCUCUCUUACAGCACCUUGAGAAUGUAACAAAGGAGAGACAGAUGAAGUUAAUACAACAACAGAAUGACAUCACUGGCCUUUCGCGACAAGUGAAGCAUGUGAUGAACUUUACUAAUUGGGCUAUUGCAAGUGGCAGCAGUACUGCUUUACUGUACAGUAAACGACUGAUAACAUUCCAGUUACGUCAUAUUUUAAAGGCACGUUGCGAUCCUGUCCCAGCUGCCAAUGGAGCAAUACGGUUCCAUUGUGACCCUACAUUCUGGGCAAAGAAUGUCGUCAAUUUAGGUAACCUUGUUAUUGAAAAUAAACCAACUCCUAGUUACACUCCCAAUGUAGUGGUUGGACAAGCUCCUCCAGGAACAAACCACGUCAGCAAAACUCCAGGACAAAUCAAUCUAGCACAGCUUCGACUUCAACAUAUGCAGCAACAGGUGUAUGCACAAAAACAUCAGCAACUGCAGCAGAUGAGGAUGGGACAGCCAUCUGGGUCAGUUCCCAGACAGACAGGUCCUCAAAUCUUACAGCAGCAGCCUCCCAGGUUGAUCAGCAUGCAGACCAUGCAGAGGGGUAACAUGAACUGUGGGGCUUUCCAAGCACAUCAGAUGAGAAUGGCUCAGAAUGCUGCUCGUAUACCAGGAAUACCACGCCACAAUGGACCACAAUACUCCAUGAUGCAACCUCACCUUCAAAGACAACAUUCUAACCCGGGACAUGCGGGGCCUUUUCCAGUUGUUUCUGUGCACAACAACACUAUUAAUCCAACUAGUCCCACUACUGCAACAAUGGCAAGUGCAAACCGUGGUCCAACAAGUCCAUCUGUUACAGCAAUUGAACUCAUUCCUUCUGUAACAAAUCCGGAGAAUUUACCUUCCCUGCCAGAUAUCCCACCCAUCCAGCUUGAAGAUGCUGGUUCAAGUAGUUUGGAUAACCUUUUAAGUAGAUAUAUCACAGGCAGCCACCUACCCCCGCAACCUACAAGUACAAUGAAUCCCUCCCCAGGGCCUUCAGCUCUGUCUCCAGGGUCAUCAGGCUUAUCCAACUCCCACACUCCUGUGAGGCCACCUAGUACCUCCAGCACAGGUAGCAGAGGAAGCUGUGGCUCCUCGGGCAGAACAGCUGAGAAAACUAGUGUUAACUUCAAGUCUGACCAAGUGAAAGUCAAGCAAGAACCAGGGACAGAGGAAGAGAUAUGCAGUUUCUCAGGCACAGUAAAACAGGAGAAAACCGAGGAUGGCAGAAGGAGUGCUUGCAUGCUUAGCAGUCCUGAGAGCAGCUUGACACCACCACUAUCCACUAACUUGCAUCUGGAGAGUGAGUUGGAAGCAUUAGGAAGUCUCGAAAACCAUGUAAAAACCGAGCCAGGAGAUUUAAGUGAAAGUUGCAAGCAGUCUGGACAUAGCCUUCUAAAUGGAAAAUCCCCAAUGCGGAGUCUAAUGCAUCGAUCAGCUAGAAUUGGAGGAGAAGGCAAUAAUAAAGAUGAUGAUCCAAAUGAAGACUGGUGUGCAGUAUGCCAAAAUGGAGGGGAUCUGUUAUGUUGUGAAAAGUGCCCAAAAGUGUUUCAUCUAACUUGUCAUGUACCAACACUCCUCAGCUUUCCAAGUGGAGAGUGGAUAUGUACAUUCUGCAGAGAUCUAAGCAAACCAGAAGUAGAAUAUGAUUGUGACAAUUCGCAACACAGCAAGAAAGGGAAAACAGCACAAGGCCUGAGUCCUGUGGACCAAAGGAAAUGUGAACGUCUCCUGCUUUACCUGUAUUGUCAUGAACUGAGCAUUGAAUUUCAAGAGCCAGUCCCAGCCUCGAUACCAAACUACUAUAAAAUUAUAAAGAAACCCAUGGAUUUAUCUACAGUUAAAAAGAAACUGCAAAAGAAGCAUUCCCAACAUUACCAGACUCCUGAGGAUUUUGUGGCAGAUGUCCGGUUGAUCUUCAAGAACUGUGAAAGGUUUAAUGAAAUGAUGAAAGUUGUUCAAGUUUAUGCAGAAACACAAGAGAUUAAUUUGAAGGCUGAUUCAGAAGUAGCACAGGCAGGGAAGGCAGUUGCAUUAUACUUUGAAGAUAAACUUACAGAGAUCUACCCAGACAGGACCUUCCAGCCUUUGCCUGAAUUUGAGCAGGAAGAGGAUGAUGGUGAAAUAACUGAGGACUCCGAUGAAGAUUUUAUACAACCACGUAGAAAACGCCUAAAAUCAGAUGAGAGACCAGUGCAUAUAAAGUAAUCUAAUUAUAUGGACCUUAAAUUUAUUGUAAAAACUGUUACUUAAGUGUUUCUGGAAUAUUACCAUGCCUACAGUGGCCGUCUUGAAGAAGCUGGUAGCUUUUUAAACAGUAUUAGACUACAAAAAAAAAAAUAAACCACACUUGUACAGAAAGGCAUCAAAAGGGGAAAAACUGUAUCGUGAAUUUUUGGUGUUUUUUUUCCUUGAUUAUUUUGUUUCCUUUUUUUUCCUGAUGGAGGGGACAUGCUCAUCCUGGUCUCAGAUAGAGGUGAAUGAAUGUUGAAGAGAAGCAGAUUUGAUAAAGAGAUUUUCCAUGUACAGAUGAGACUGCUUAGUAAAAUGUUCUGCAGGACUGGACCAAUACAGUUACUGUAUCUUAUUUUCAUGCUGAACUACAGUGUAAACUGUAAGCAACGUUCCUGAAAUCCCCUUUGUGUGAACCUAAGUGUGUGUUGGGUCAUUGCUUUUAUCAUCUCAUUUAAGUGGUAUUGUGAAUAACUGAUCUUCUGUGUUGAUCCAGUUACCUAAAUUUGACUUUCUUUACUACAUUUUAUGUAUAGCAAAAGAAAAAAAAUCAUUAAACUGUUCUGAAUUGGCAAGUGCAGGAGUGUGAGUUCUUGACAGGUGCAAGACUAAACUGGCUGUUGCAACAAUUGCUUUUCAGUAAGCCUAGGUGUAUUUAUUACAAAUCCUGUACACAGAACGUUUUAAUAGCAUUCGUGGCACAAGUCCUCAUGUUAUAUCAUCUGUCCCUGAUCUCCCUAAUGAGGCAGAAUGUUAUUAUCUUCAGUAUUUGUUACGAAUUUUCUGUACUUGAAGAGGUAAUAAAUAACUGGUUGGGGUGUUUUUCCAGUCUUCCUAAAUAUCAGUUUCUAAUAGACCACUUGGCAAACAAUAACCUAGUAACUACCAAAUGUGUAAAAUUUCCUGUAUUCACUUUGUCUUAUUUGUAAAUAGUGAACUGAGAUUUCUUGCAGAUCAGCAACAUUUGCUGAACUGUUUUUAAGCUAAUAUGUAUUCUUAUUAAUUGUUCCUAUCAAGAAAAGAUUUGUAAUAUAUGCUAUUUCUAACAUUGCAUUAAUUUUGAGGUUCUAUCUUACUUUUUAUUAGAGUACUACUCAGAACUUUCUUCAGAAACAACUUGUGAGCAAAAUGUCUAGAAAGAUUGGAAUGAACCUGUUCAGAUUGGGUAACUUGUCCUUCUGUGGAACAAAGCACUUGCACAGGCCAGGAUUUGGCGUUGAGUGGUUUCUGGUCAAAUACUGAAAACAGGUCAAUUUCCCUAUUCCUCUAAACCCUGCGGCAGGCAUCUCUGCUGUGCCUUCCCAUUGCACACUGUUCAUUCUAGCAUUUCUGCUUGGAAAUGAGGUCAUCACAAAGUAUUUACACUUUCAACAGUUAUUUCCUUCUUUACUGACAGAAAUCAAUACUAGAACUAAAAUGUAAUUUCUGGCCUUCAUAUAGAUCUUGUUAAAAGUAAAAAAACAAAAACAAAACAAAAAACAAAACCAAAAUCGUGUAAUCAAAUGAGGUCAAGCUGGCAGACUAUAAAUUUGCCAUUAAGAUUUUGUAUGAAGCAUGGGCAAUUCCUGUGACUGUUCAUUGUCUGUACUUUACUAUAAUAAUGGUAAAGAUCAGUAAAACACUGAUGUUUAUGCAAACCACUUGAGAUUGAUUUCUUUUUAUAGUAACAAAGUAGAUGUACAUUGUGACCAUACCUCUCUUACAAUAAAUAAGGGGACAGAAGGUAUUUGAAACUUCAAUCUCACUUUAAAUAAUACAAACAAUACAGUUGAGACAAACUUUUUUUUUCAUUUCUAAGACAUUAAUAUAGUGUCAGCUUAAGUUUAGUUUUUACCAGUUGGAUGCAAAAGGAAGUUAUCCUGCUUAAAUAUGUAUUAUAUUAACAUAUAGCCCAUAGAAAAGGAUGUGUGAAUAGGACACUAAUCGUAACAAGGGAUCAUUUAAUGGCUCUGUGUAUUGCCUACUUAUGCAUUUCUAGUUUCUCAUUUUCAUUUUGGAAAAGAAUAUUAUUAAAAUUAAAAUGAAAAUAAGAUACUUGUGAAUUUUCUUCAAUUGGGGUUACUAUUUUUAUGGUGCUUAUGCACUCCAGGUUCUGUACCUUCGGGCCUCAACUUCUUAACUGUUCACUUUGUGAGGCACCAGUCACUGACUGCAGAUACCUACUGCCUGAACUGAAGCAUAGGACAAGCAUGGUGGUAUCCUAGACUCGGUCACAGAGUGGGAGAAGGACUACAGCACAAAACUGUUGUUCAGGGGAAGCGUGUGCACCCUGGCUGCUGCAAGGAUGGUAGCAUACCUUUUUUUCCCAAGUACCAGACCCCAGACCAGUUGUUUAAAUGUUUUUAAGAUAGCCUCUCCAGUAAUUCUUCUGCCUUCUCAUUGAGGGUGAAACAAACUUUGUAAUCUUGCAAAAGUCCUGCAAAACCACAUAUGAUGCUAAGCUUCGGCCUUGAUGAGAGUUGAUGCUAUACUCUUGCACACAACCCAGUGAACUUCCAGAACUGGUCCUUCCAUUCAGCUCAUUAGUCUUCAGUAUGCUAUUGUGGAAUUUUGACCUGUGUGCAAGAAACUUUAAGCAUUUCUUUUAUAUGAAGGAACAGAACAACAUUCUGAACUCCAAACACAGUAAUUCAAGGUUGUUUUGAAAUUAGCUAUGUUCCAUUCAUAAAUACUCAGUAGCAUAGAUAAGCUCUGCUAGUACAUUUCCUGAUCCUAUAAAUGGUCAUCACAUAACUGAUCAGGGUUUGCUCAGUCAAAGCAAUGUUUUGGUGCCACAUUGCGUGUAACUUGUUCAAGAGCAAAUUAGUGAGUUUUGUAUUAACAGGCCACUGUGUUACUCUGAGCAUCUUUUUUAUGCCAGAUGAUGUGAGUGCAAUAUGUGCAAGUGACAGUGUUACUCUGGGAAUUAGCAUAACUUCCAUAACUUAUUGCAGAUAAAAGAUGUGGUGGGUGCACUGUCCUUGCCAGCUGCUUUAUCUGCUUGGUUGUAGUGUUUUAACAUGAUAGCAAGAAGGUAGUCUGGCAUAUGAUGUAACUAUAUGCUUUCAUUUAAGGCAUUUCUGCAAAAAGACCAUUUGUGUCUUAAUUUUUGUUGUAAAUGACCCUGAAGUUUUAAGUUAAUCCAAAGAAGUAAAAGGCAACUUGCUUUUGAAAUAGGAAUGAAAAGUGUACAGUAUGCUACUUGUGGAUUUCUCUAUUACCUCAGCAGGUAUCCUGCCAUGUAAUUAGUAGUGAUUAGUGCUAACUUAACCAGCUAAAUAGGUUCAGGUCUUAAGUGGCCUAUAGUAUACCAAGGCUGAGUUACUAUCCAAAAAAAGGAUAUUCCCCAAACUUUCAAAAAUGGAAAUGCUCUGUUAUAUGUACAUAGCUUUUUUUUUUUUUUGAAUGUCACCAUUGCUAUUACUUGUGACAUUUGACUGUGUCAGCAUACUCAACACUGGAUCAGUGAAAUGUUUUAUAAACAUUUCUGCAAGCCACUGGAACGGAAGUCUUUAAAAUUAGCUUAAAUUUAUCAUUCUCUUAUAUAACCUAGUUUAUUGGCUGACCUCCGUAAGUUUAGGUAAUGGCAACAGUGUUUUAAAGCUGUGUGUAUGAUGUACUGAAGUAGGCUUUUUCUUGUUUUUCUUACUCUCUUCCUUGGAAAAAGCAAUAAAACUGCUUUAUCUGUUGCCUAUUAGCAUGACAGGAAUCCUUUCCUUUGGAUAGUGAUUUUAUAGGAAAGUUUGUAUGCAUAUCACCAAGCCUAGCUUUUAAAAACAAAGUGUGCAGGAGUUAUUGACAAUAUAGUGUGGCAUUUUAUUUUAAAAAUUGGGGAAAGUUACAUAUUUUUUUAAAAAGUAGGUGUUUGAGUAAAUAAUGAAGGUACUUUUUUAAAAAUAAUAAAAAAAUUUAUAUGCCACAGUUUACAUAGACAUAUUUCAGAUUGAACAUAUGCAUUGUAUCUUCAGAUAUGGCAAUUUCUUUUAUUUUCUCAAAAUGCAUGUACAGUAACUCUUCCAUCUAGUUCCUGUGUUAGCUUACAGGGAUUCAACUUUAUACGCUUUCUAAUGUAAUUGAAUUGAAUUAGUUUUCAAAAAUUGCAGUUAAUUUGGAUAUCUUUAUUAUAAGUGAAUUAUUAAAUGUCUGAAAUGCAGCUUUGGCCUUUUCUAUUAAGUGAUCUAAGCAGCUCAAAGCUGCUUUCUUUAGAAUUUAUUGAAUUUGUAUAAGGGAAGGUACUAAAAUAAUUUUGUAAGUGACCUGUUGAAGCAUUCACUCUAGAGUGAGUGCAACAUUAAAAAAUAAAAAAGUGCAUGUCUGCUAAUGGCCUGCAAAUGGGGGAAUUUCUUCAGUUCAGAACACCAUAUAUGUAUAUAAAUCUAUGAAGAUUUGUGCAGCUGAAAGCCUGUUUUUACAUGUAAAUGUAUUCAUGGAAGGGUUAAAUUCAUGGCAUUCUUCAAUUAUUUCUUGCUUCUAGUAAUUAAACUGCUACUUUUUUGCACAUAGUAAACUUUGCUCAUCUUUUAAUAUGAUUAUCCAGAAAGUGCUGUUUCUGUGGUAUUGUAUUAUCUAAAUAAUCAUAUUUAACUUUUUUUUUUUGAACAAGCUUACAGUUCCUAAUUGUUCUGUUUCUGUGAUUUUUUUUUUUCUGGUGUGUAAUAAAAAAAAAAGUUUUUCUUUAAAUAGUUAUUUAAUACAUUAGUUGCCUGUAAAUAUUUCUUGUUAAGUGCUCUGGAAUGUGUUGUAGAAGUUGUAUUAGAUCAGUUUAAAGCAUUGUUUGAAAACCAUUUUGUUUUGGUUAUUUCUAUUAAAUUAGAAAAAUG